AUGGCCAAUCCGCAGAAUGUCCAGGGCACGCUGUGUGCACCGCUGGAUCUCUCGCAUCAUUUUUCAGAAGUCACUAAAAACCGUCUAAACAGUCAAGUCAAGGGCUUGUACAAAUAUUUAUCCAUGCCUGGGUUGCACAAUCUGGCCGGUGGCCUUCCCCACGAGUCAUACUUCCCCUACGACACGCUUGAGGCUACUGCCGCCCGUCCGGAACGAUUCAAGCUACUGGAUCCGUCAAAGAGCAAUAGCAACAAGCCGGCGGAGUGGCAUUUGAGGGUGCCAAAGAUCAAGGAAACCACCGAUCUUUUGAAAAAGAUCGACUUGGAAACCGCUCUACAAUAUGGCACCGCUCAAGGUUAUCCGCCUCUUUAUACCUUUAUUCGCGAAUUCACCCGCGACCAUCUCCAUCCGAAUGUGCCGUACAUCGAUGGACCGGAAGUUAUAAUGUCAUGUGGCUCAACCGAUGGACUCGGAAAGGCCAUUGAGGCCCUUACGAAUCCCUGGGAUGAGAAGAAAGACUGGAUCCAGGAUAAAGAAGGUGUUCUCUUCGAGGAAUUUGCAUAUAUGAAUGCCGUCCAGACUGUCAAGCCCCGAGGUCUGAAUGUUGUGACCGUCGCGGUAGACUCCGAUGGAAUGAAAGCCGCUGGACCGGGCGGUUUGGAGGAUGUGCUCAGUAAUUGGGAUUUUAAAAAGGGUAGGCGCCCGCACUUGAUGUAUACGGUAACGUCAGUAUUUCCUCCCGGAUUUCAGGUUUGGCUUGACGAAGAAGUGUUAAUGUUAGUCUACAACAGUCUCGGUCAAAACCCCACUGGCAGCACAACGCCCAUUGAGCGCCGUAAAGAACUAUACUCGCUCUGUCAAGCGUACGACAUAAUCAUUAUCGAGGACGAGCCGUACUGGAACCUCCAAUUUCCCUCGUUGAGGGAAACUGCUGCUGGGUACCGUGGCGAAGCCGUGCGUAGAGAUUCGUAUAUCAAAAACUACAACUCCCAGGGGCGAUCUUCUGGCUACCAGUUUUUGGACAGUCUUUGCCCUUCCUUUUUGUCAGUGGAUGUGGAUGGUCGUGUCGUACGCCUAGACACCUUCUCCAAGACCAUUGCCCCCGGCUGUCGUCUUGGCUGGAUUACUGCCCAGCCAGCAAUUAUUGAGCGUAUAACACGCAUCACUGAGACCUCCACCCAACAGCCCUCGGGAUUUGUCCAGGCCAUGAUUGCUCAGUUGUUGCUGGAGCAGCAAGGAUCCACUGUAGCGCAAACCCCCGAUAAAGAUACAUCGGGCUGGUCAAUGGACGGCUGGGUCGGCUGGCUUGAAGGACUGCGAGAUGCUUAUCAGCGUCGCGUGCAUGAUAUGUGUACAAUCCUUGAAGAAGGUAAGACUGUUGCUAUUGACGGAGUCCCCGGACUGGACAGCUGGUCUGUCAUCAGUAAAGCACCCAUGUAUGAUUUUGACUGGCCCGUGGCCGGUAUGUUUAUCUGGAUCAAAAUCCGCUAUGACACCCAUCCAUUGCUCAGUAUAUAUGGCGCGGAGAAAGUGUGCACUGCGCUGUGGUUUUUCUUGCUCAAGAAACCAUUCCAAUGUAUUGUUGCACCCGGCAUGAUGUUUGCGCCCACGGAGACUAUGCGGGGUCGGGCAUUCCAGUACAUGCGACUCUGCUUUGCGCCGAUGGCCGAGGAUGCAGUCUCUGAUAUUUCUCAUAAUUUCGUCGCUGGCUGCAGGGCGUUCUGGCAAUUGGAGAAUUUCGACGAUAUUCCGGGGCUGGACGAGACGAUAAUGCCUGAGAGGAUGGGAGUGCAGAUGUGUUGA